AUGCUAAUUUUGUGGACUGAGAUAGUGCAAGCCUCGUUUAUUUUCCUCACCACUGAGUCUUUAGGUUUACUUCUAGAUCCGUGUGCUUAUAUCACCCCUGAAUCUCCAGUUGUACAACUUGGUUCUAACUUCACUGCAGUUUGUGUCCUAAAGGAAAAAUGCAUGGACAAUUAUUCUGUAAAUGCUGAAAACAUUUUCUGGAAAAUGAACCAUGAUAUUGUUCCUAAGGAACAAUAUACUGUCAUAAACAGAACAGCAUCUAGUGUCACCUUUACAGAUAUAUCUUUAUUAAAUACUCAACUCACUUGUAACAUUUAUAUAUUUGGACAAAUUCAGCAAAAUGUUUAUGGAAUCACAGUAACUUCAGGCUUGCCUCCAGAAAAGCCUAAAAAUUUGGAUUGUAUUGUCAUUGAGGAAAAAAAUAUGAUGUGUACUUGGGAUCCUGGAAGGUACACCUUUCUGGAAACAACCUAUACUUUAAAAUCUGAAUGGGCAACAGAGAAGUUUGCUGAUUGUAAAGCAAAGCAUGACAUUCCAAACUCAUGUACUCUUGAUAAUUCUCCUAUAUAUUUCGUCAACAUUGAAGUCUGGGUAGAAGCAAAGAAUGCCCUUGGGAAGAUUACAUCAGAUCAUAUCAAUUUUGAUCCUAUAGAUAAAGUGAAGCCCAAUCCACCACGUAAUUUAUCAAUCAGAUACUCAGAGGAACUGUCUAGUAUCUUAAAAUUGACGUGGAUCAACCCAAAUAUUGAAAGUUUUAUGAGUCUGAAAUACAACAUUCAAUAUAGGACCAAGGAUGCAUCAACAUGGAGCCAGAUUCCUCAAGAAGAUACAUCAUCCAGCAGAUCUUCAUUCACUGUCCAGUACCUUAAACCCUUUACAGAAUAUGUAUUUAGGAUUCGUUGUAUGAAGGGAGACGGUAGGGGAUUCUGGAGUGACUGGAGUGAAGAAGCAAGUGGGACCACUUACGAAGCAAGACCAUCCAAGGAACCAAGUUUCUGGUAUAAGAUAGAUCCAUUGCAUACACAUGGCUAUAGACAUGUAAAACUCAUGUGGAAGACAUUACCUCCUUUUGAAGCCAAUGGAAAAAUCUUGGAUUAUGAAGUGACUCUUACAAGAUGGAAAUCUCACUUUCAGAAUUACAGAGUUAAUGACACAAAGCUGAUAGUAAACCUCACAAAUGAUCGCUAUAUAGCAACUCUGACAGCAAGAAAUCUGGUUGGCAGAUCAGAUGUAUCUAAUUUAACUAUUCCUGCCUGUGACUUCAAAGCUACUCACCCUGUAACGGAUCUCAAAGCAUUCCCCAAAGAUAGCAAGCUUUGGGUAAAAUGGACAGCUCCUAAAGCGUCUGUAAAGAAAUACAUACUUGAAUGGUGUGUGCUAUCAGAUAAAGUGCCAUGUGUUCCAGACUGGCAGCAAGAAGACAGUGCCGUACAUCUCAACUAUUUAAAAGGAAACCUCAUGGAGAGCACGUGUUAUUUGAUAACAGUAACUCCAGUAUAUGCUGAUGGGCCUGGAACCCCUGAAUCCAUAAGGGCAUACCUUAAACAAGCUGCACCUUCCAAAGGACCUACUGUUCGUACAAAAAAAGUGGGGAAAAAUGAAGCUGUUUUAGAAUGGGACCAACUUCCUGUUGAUGUUCAAAAUGGAUUUAUCAGAAAUUAUACUAUAAUUUAUAAAACUGCCUUUGGAAAUGAAACUGCUGUGAAUGUGGACUCUUCCCACACAGAAUACACUCUGUCGUCUCUGACUAGUGACACACUAUACAUGGUACGAAUGGCAGCAUACACAGACGAAGGGGGGAUGUACGGUCCUGACUUCACUUUCACCACUCCAAAGUUUGCUCAAGGAGAAAUCGAAGCCAUAGUUGUGCCUGUUUGCUUAGCAUUCUUAUUGAUAACUCUUUUGGGAGUGUUAGUCUGCUUUAAUAAGAGAGACCUGAUUAAAAAGCAUAUCUGGCCUAAUGUUCCAGAUCCUUCAAAGAGUCAUAUUGCCCAGUGGUCACCUCACACACCUCCAAGGCACAAUUUUAAUCCUAAAGAUCAAAUGUAUCCAGAUGGCAAUUUCACUGAUGUAAGUGUUGUGGAAAUAGAAGCAAAUGUGAAAAAGUCUUUACCAGAAGAUCUGAAAUCACUGGACCUAUUUAAGAAGGACAAGAUUAGUACUGAGGGACACAGCAGUGGUAUUGGAGGGUCUUCAUGCAUGUCAUCAUCAAGGCCAAGCAUUUCAAGCGGUGAUGAAAAUGAAUCUGGACAAAACACUUCGAGCACUGUUCAAUAUUCUACUGUGGUGCACAGCGGCUACAGACACCAGGUUCCAUCAGUCCAAGUCUUCGCAAGAUCUGAGUCCACCCAGCCCUUGUUAGACUCAGAGGAACGUCCAGAAGACCUACAGUUAGUAGAUAAUGUAGGCAGCAGUGAUAGCAUAUUGCCCAGGCAACAAUAUUUCAAACAAAAUUGCAGUCAGCCUGAAACCGGUCAAGAUAUUCCACAUUUUGAAAGGUCAAAGCAAGUUUCAUCAGUCAAUGAGGAAGAUUUUGUCAGACUUAAACAGCAGCAGAUUUCAGAUCACAUUUCACAGUCCUGUGGAUCUGGGCAAAUGAAAAUGUUUCAAGAAGUUUCUACAAAAGAUGCUUUUGGUCCAGGUACACACGAAGAAAUAAAGAGAUUUGAAACCGUUGGAAUGGAUGAAGGAAUGCCUAAAAGUUACUUACCACAAACUGUAAGACAAGGUGGUUACGUACCUCAGUAA